CAGAACUAGUAUUGUCUUUUAGGACCAGUAGUAGUUGCUAAUUAACUAUUUUGUAAUCACUGUAGAAAUACUGGUUUUCUCCAACGGGUCGUUAAUAGCAUUUGUAAUACAAUACUAGCUUAUCGUAGCGGCUGACUCAUUUUAAAUAUACAUUACAUGCAGACGUGAAAACAAUCUCAGCAAGCAAUGACAAAAGAUAGCACGCUUGAUUCAUUCAUUUACAUGCUUUGUUCUCAACGACUUGUUUAUUUGAUUAUGCUGCGAGGCGCAAGUGUUUAUAUUUAACUGAGCGGCUUUACGGAACUCAGUUUAAAAUUGAGCUCAUUGAAAGCAAGACAGGGUUUAUCAGGCAGGAAGUAAAUUUUAGGACUUUUUUAGGUGGAGAGUUGCAUUUAAAUUGCUGAAACAACCGUUAUGCGCCGCAAGCUCUUACACCUGCUCUUGUUGCCCCUCAUCUGCGGCUUGGCUGCGAAGAAAGCGGCGCCGAAUGUGGCAUGUCGGGACGAAAAUGGCGCCGUAGUUGACUGGUUCUACAUGUACAAGCUGCCGCGCAUACACACCCAGUAUGGCGCCCGACGCAACAGCAGCGGUUUCAACUAUCUCUACAUUACAAGCAACAGCUAUGACGCCUGGCGUUUGUCGACACACGAAGUCACCUCCACCGAAUCCAUGCCAGGCAAACUGCUGCAACGGCUCUUCGAUGAUGAGCGCGUGCUAUUGGUGGCCUACAAUGACCAGAAACCCAACAGCAACUCGAGCACGCCGAAAGCACACGCCAAGGGACUGCUAGCGACAGACGGUGCAACAGCAGUUUGGCUGGUACACUCGGUGCCCCGUUACCCGGAAAUACCAGUCUAUAAAUAUCCGCUCACAGGCGGUCGUUAUGGACAGAGCUUCCUCUGCAUGUCACUGCAAGGCAGCGAAGUGGAUAAGGUGGCAACGCAAUUGCGGCUAAUGGUGCCGCUGAUUUACUAUAAGCGCACACCCGAAGCGGUACUUGCGCGCUUUCCGAUACUGCAACAGGUGGUGGCGGGUAAGUGGCAGCGUGAGGCACCCUUUCAGAAUAAAGUCAAGCUGGCGACGCUGGGCGGCACAAAAUUCAAAUCGUUUGCAAAGAUCGGCAAGGUGGUAACGGAACUGUAUGAGGAUGUCAUAGCGCCGUCGCUGGACGUCAAUCUGCUGGUGGAGACCUGGCGUAAUGGUGGCGGGAAUUUGGAAACCAACUGCACGCGGAGCGACAAAGUCUACAACAUAAAAGAAAUCAAAGAACAACAACUGCAAAUCGCUUUCAAUACUACAUCCGAUCACUCGAAAUGGGCGGUAUCGCAGGAGAGCGGUUUUCAGCUCUGGCGUUGGCGUAUCGGUGGCGGAGAUUGGCUUUGUGUAGGCGACAUUAAUCGACAGAGGGAUCAGCUGGUGCGCGGCGGUGGCAGCGUUUGCUUGAAGAACAGCAAGGUGGCGCAACUUUAUAGGCAGCUGAUACAGGGUUAUGAGCCAUGUCCAAGGCAAAGUAAAUAAUAAAUGAAGCGAAUAAAAGCGUCAGCAGGAGAUCUAAAAUUAGUCUAAGUACAUGCCUACGUACAUAUGUAUGCAUAUAGUUAUGUAAACGAGGAAAUAUAAAAUGUUUAAUUUAGCUUAAAUAAAUGUAAGUUUUUUACACUA